GGCGGCUGCGUGUUUCCGGAAGACGUGGCGGCUCUUGCCUGGGCUGCUUCCCGGCUUCUUUUCUCCGACUCCGCUUCACACCCUGGCCGCCCCGAGGUGCUAUCGCCGCCGCCCUCACCCCUGCAGCCAUGAUCUCCUUAACGGACACCCAGAAAAUUGGAAUGGGAUUAACAGGAUUUGGAGUGUUUUUCCUGUUUUUUGGAAUGAUUCUCUUUUUUGACAAAGCACUACUGGCUAUUGGAAAUGUUUUAUUUGUGGCUGGCUUGGCUUUUGUAAUUGGUUUAGAAAGAACAUUCAGAUUCUUCUUCCAAAAACAUAAAAUGAAAGCUACAGGAUUUUUCCUGGGUGGUGUAUUUGUAGUCCUUAUCGGUUGGCCUUUGAUAGGCAUGAUCUUCGAAAUUUAUGGAUUCUUUCUCUUAUUCCGGGGCUUCUUUCCUGUGGUUGUUGGCUUUAUUAGAAGAGUGCCAGUCCUUGGAUCACUCUUGAAUUUACCUGGAAUUAGAUCAUUUGUAGAUAAAGUUGGAGAAAGCAACAAUAUGGUAUAACAACAAGUGAAUUGAAGACUCAUUUAAAAUAUUGUAUUAUUUAUAAAAAUCCUUUGAAGAAUAUUCAGCACAAAAUUAAAUUACAUGAAAUAGCUUGUUAUGUUCUUUACAGACAUUUAAAACGUAUAGCCUACAAAGUACCAACAGCAGUUAGCAAAGAAGCAGUGAACACAGGCUUCUAAUCAAGUGAUCUAAGAAGUCAGCAAGCAAACCGAAGGAGACGAAAUCUGUGUUACAAUGCAUAUGGAAACUCCUGAAGGAGAUUUUUAUUGUUUUUCCACAAUGUGCGAAACACAGCCAUCCUUAGAGAACUGUAGCGCGUGUUUCUUUUCUUUUUAUUUUGAAGAUGCAAGAGCACCUGUAGGUAUGUGCUUUUUAGAAAUGUGCACUGCAACGGCAGAAAUAUUUCCAGUUGCACUGUGUCUCUGAAGGUGAUGCAUGAGUUAGAUUGGAUUAUGUCAUUUUAAUAUAUUAAAACCAGGAAAACCCAGUGUCAAUGUAUGAAUCACUUUUUUUAUUAUUAUUAUUUUUGGUAAAUAAUAUGGUUAAAAUAAACCUUUUUUGGUUCCUUUGAAUCUUAAUCUUUUAAAGCCAGAUGAAAAUCUGAACUAGAUAUUCUUUGUUGGAAUAUGCAAAGGUCAUUCUUUACUAGCUUGUAGUUUCUAAGUUGUAGCUGACUCAGCACUUUUUCAUUCAGCACCACACUUUUGAAAUCCUCAUACUUCUUGGGACUCUCACCUGAGCAACUGUAUUUUUCAUAACAUGUUAGCAUUUAACAAAAAGCAUUCUUGCCCAUGAAAGAGUCUGUUACUUAGCUUGUUUCAUUGAAUAGUCUUUUAUUUAAGAUAAUAAGUAAUGCAAACCAAGUGGAUUUUUCCAUGUCAUGAUACAGUUCUCUUAUUUUUUAAAUUUUAGCAAUGGUUUAUUUUGCUUUUUAUAAAUUAACUGCUUUUUAUAAACCUAACUACUGGCGAUGUUUAAGGUGUAAUGUGUUCAAAGGCUAAACUUAUACUAUUUUUUAAAAGCUAUUCACAUAAGCCAAGUUUUCCCUUAUUGUCAUCUUUUUCACAACUUAAAAAUGAAAUGCAUAAUAUGUACUUCAUAUGAUCACUCUUCAUCCUGAGUUCAUGGAGAGAAUAUCUGAGUUCACAUGCUACAGUUAUUUUAUUCAAUUAAACUGGCUAUAGUCCUGAAAAAACAUGACACUACAAAAAUGAUGUGUUGUUUUCUCUACUAUUGCUGCUUGACAGGCAGUAGGAAACGGUGGUUUCUUCUUUAGUAGUUUUCCAAGGUGGCACCCUUUUGGUAGAUGUAGGAAAACAUUUCAACAGCCAUUGUACUGUUUGUUUUACCACUAAUGAUUGUAUUAUUUACUCUUUUUUUAAUGCAUAAAAUCAGAAUUGAAAUUUGUGAUUUUUAUUUACAAACGUGUCUACAAAAUAUAUUACAGCCUAUGUGAUUUUUCGUUAAAUCUCUUGAUGCACAGAGAAGCCGUAGCCUUGCUCAUCUAAAGAAGGAAAGACUUGGUGUUUAUUAGUGUAAUGGUUCAGUCUUGUGGAUUACUGUCUCUUUGGUACUGGCAUUUGACUUACAACAUAAUCUGUGAAAAUAGAUGAUAUGGACAAAAUGAGACUCCUACCUCAAUAGUUCAUGGAAUAAUAAGAAACCUAGUGCUGUGUCUAAUGUUCUUCAAAGAAGUAAUAUCCUCAUUUGGAGAGUGUCAGAUAAAUACAUACUUGGGGGACUGACUUAUACAAGUUGCCCUGUAGGACUCUGUUAUACAUAUUUUUGACUGACCCAGAUUAUUAUUACAGUGGCUAGAUCAUUCUACCUUUUUAGAGCAAGAACAGUAUCUGUUAAUAUAAGGAACAUCUGUAUUAUUUAACUCCUUUGUAGACAUGAAUUUCUAUCAAAAUAUUCUUUGCACUGUAGUGGAGCUCUCUUUUUCAACAAUCAUAUUUCAGAAAGCAUUAUUAGACAGAAGGACGUAGAGGAUGUGAUCAUCUCCCAAUCUUUAGUAAGACUGAGAGGCUUGGAGCAGUUUUCAGUUUUAAAUGAGUCCAUAGUUUAUCUCAAAUGUGAGUUUGGGACUGCUUGGCAGCAUUGGGACUGAACCAUUGAUGAGGCUUUACUUUUAAACAUAGUCAUCUUUGGACAGAAAGCACUGUCCAUCAUGUUUCUUCCUUUCCAAAGUUAGUCUUCUGUCUUUGUGACAAAAUACUUUGAUUAUUGCUAUAAAGAUGGAGGAAAAGCUCUAAUACUACUUAGCCUUAAGUGUUUCUGGCAUUGUUCAAAUGUAUUUUCUGUAACAGAAACCUAUUUGGAAUGUUUUUCUUUUCCCCUUACAAAUUGUAAUUCCUGAAAUACUGCUGCUUUAAAAAGUCUCACAGAUUAUAUGAUCUAACAAUUGAAUAUUGUAAAUACACUUGUCUUACCUCUCAAUAAAAGGGUACUUUUAUAUUAA